UACCGGCGACGCGCACAAGCCCUCACUGGAGUGGACAGUACACGGAGCGUCGGUUCGCGGGUGGCCGACUCCGGCCGCUAUGAGGAGAUGGACGAGGACGGCGGCGGCAGCGGAGGCGGCGCAACCGGCGCUCGGACUAACGGGUCGCCAUGAAUGACAGGUACCACAAGGCGGCCCGGGACGGCUACCUGGACCUGCUGAAGGAGGCCACCCGCAAGGACCUCAACGCGCCCGACGAGGAUGGCAUGACGCCGACGCUAUGGGCGGCCUACCACGGGAACCUGGAGGCUCUGCGCCUCAUCGUGGCCAGGGGAGGGAAUCCCGACAAGUGCGACAUAUGGGGAAACACGCCGCUCCACCUGGCCGCCGCCAACGGUCACCACAACUGCCUUUUCUUCCUGGUGUCGUUCGGUGCCAACGUGUGGUGCCUGGACAACGACUACCACACCCCGCUGGACAUGGCCGCCACCAAGAAUCACAUGGACUGCGUCCGCUACCUGGACUCCAUCGCCUCCAAGCAGAUGGGCCUCAACCCCAAACUGGUGAACAAGCUGAAAGAGCGGGCCUUCCGAGACGCGGAACGGCGCAUCAAGGAGUGCGCCAAGAUGCAGAAGAAGCACCACAAGCGCAUGGAGAAGAAGUUUCAGAAGGAGGCCCCCGAGGCGUCCUUGUCUGACGUCAUGAGUUUUUCCAGUUACAGCAGCGGCUCGGUCAGCCACAAGCUGCACAACUUCAACGCCGCCACCGCUACGCUUCACGCCACGAACCGAGGGAAAACCAAGAUCCAGAAGAAGCUGGAGAAAAAGAAACAAGGAGACGGGACUUUCAAGAUCUACGAGGACGGGAGAAAGAGCGUGCGCUCCCUCUCCGGACUCCAACUGGGCAACGACGUCAUGUUCAUGAAACCCGGAACGUACGUGGGCCCCAAGGAUUAUGGGCGCCGCAACGUCCGCGACAUGUUCCCCAGAGAGCACGACGACGACGCCAUUUCACGUGCCAUCAGCGAGCCGGACCUUCACGCCGUCCCGUCGGAGGUCAGCACCGACUCGGGACACGAUUCCCUGUUCAACCGGCCCGGGCUGGGCACCAUGGUCUUCAGGAGAAACUAUGUCAGCGGAGGGAUGUUCGACCUGGGCGACCCGGACGGAGCCGACGGCCCGGGUGACGGCGCGCGCCUUCGCAGCAGAGCGCACCCUCGCCGCAGCCUGGACGACGACAGCAUCGGAAGCGCUCGCAGCUUGCAGGAGAGGAAUCUGGAGGAGCUCCCCUGGGAGGAGGUGGAAUUGGGACUGGACGAUGACGACGAGGCCCACACCGCCCCUCUGGAGGUCUUUUUGGCCACGCAGAGCAUGAGCGAGUUCUUUUCCAUCUUUAGGAGGGAGAAGAUUGACCUCCAGGCACUGCUGCUUUGCUCCGACCAGGACCUCAAGAGCAUCCACAUCCCUUUAGGACCAAGGAAAAAAAUCUUGGACGCCUGCCAGAGACGCCUCGAGACCAUAGAGGACCCGGAGUGUAUCGAGGACACUGAACUAUGAUUCAAGCAGCAGUGCAGACAGAGACAUCUUAACCAUCUACCUCUAAAGUGGAGAGGAUCCAUGGAAAGAUUGAAAGUUGCAUGGUUGAACAAACAUGUUGUGUCGCGGUCCAUGUUGACCCCCGUGGGGUUGACUGUGCAUUUUCUUGUUUUCCACUAAACACACUUAACGUGUUUUUUUUCUAAGCACGCUUUGUUAUUAAUGUAAGACGACUUUCCCUCGGCUCGUGUUUACACAUAGCAAGCCCGCUCUUUGCCGAGGCGAGGCGGGGCGGGGCGGGACAAGUGCACAUUUGCAGUUGUGAUUGACUUCGAUGUGUGUGAACACGGUCCGGCUUAUCACCAUUUGUUGUACUUGCACACGCUCUGUAGUGCAUGUUGAGUCAAUAUUUAUGUAGAUAAUAUCAGGCAGAACAAUAUAUAUGACAUUUUUAUCAUGUCGGAGUACUUCUCCGCACUAAAGUACGGCGCUGAGGUGUUGGUAUUUGGAUUAGAUUAUGUAAUAAAUGCUCUAAACCUCAUGUUUACAUGUGCUUUCUUUGCACACGGAGGACAUCAUUAUUUCUAUGUGCAGGGAUGUUAAAUAUAUAUU